UGUUGCCCUAUUACUCACGACAGUAUGGGCGCGGCCAUUGAUGUUUAGUGGUUGAGUUUAUUAUUUAUAUGAACAAAUAAUAUAUACAAUAUAGUAUAUAAAUUUUCUAGCACUGGAAUCACUUGACUUUCACUAUAAAUUCCUGUGGAAUACUCUUUGGUAAAAUUGUGAAUGGGAUUAUAUUGAAUGAAUUUAUUAAUGGUUGGGAUGAAAGACAGUGAAAUUGUUUAAGUGAAUAAGGAGUGUAUAUAGUAGGUGUUUUUAAAAAAUUUCAUCAAGGCUCUGUCAGAAAAGAUUUUUACCUGCAAUGAUGAUUACGAAGGCAUUUGGGAUCAUUUUUUUACUAGGAAUACUAAAUAAAGAAGUUUCUGGGUUUGGCGGAUGGUUAGUUUGCUAUCGUUGCAACAGUAAUCAGCCAGGGUGUGGCUCCCCAAUGAAUUGGCUGUGGUACUGGGGAGAAUACUGUCCUGAGGAGAACGAUGUUUGUGUGAAAGUUACUGAGCGUAAAGGAGCUGAGGAAAUGAUCACGAGAGAGUGCCUAAGUUCCUUGAAAGGCUUCAGAACAGAUAUUCCCGCUGACAAGUACGAGGGCUGUCGUUCGGCAGUUAAAGACGUGCGUCUAGGACAUUACGUCAACAACAGUAUAACCCAGCUCGACAUUCACAGAGACUACUAUGACGAGACAACCUGGUGCCUAUGUUUUUUUGAUAAUAGAUGUAACAAUGCCACUGGAAUCCAAAUCUCCGCACUCCUCAUUCUACUCAUUACCUUCGUCCAAUGCUUUAUGAGCUACAAUUGCAAUUGAUAUACAUUAUUCACGAGUAGAAUAUAAUUGAAGAAAAACUAUAAGGAGUCGUGAGAAUUCGAGGCCCAUCGGCGUCAUCUUCACGUCUAGUCCGUCCAUUUAAUUAAUACCGAGAUUAAUGUAACGUGAAAUCAAUCCGUCCAAUGAUCGAUGGAAAAAUCCAUCUAAAUUUUAGAGAAUUUUAUAAAAAAUUUUAUACAUUUUUAACAAACGCCACUAUUUUAUAAUUUGUCAUUAAAAUUUUUAUACUUCACCAUUGAAUAUCGCCACAAAGUCUUGAUUACAUAAAAAUUUUUAAAUCAAUAAAUUCUAAUGGAGUCUGAACUAAAAAUAUCCACAAUUUUCUGAAUUCAUCGGGUAAGUUGAGUCGAAUGAUCGUUAGGGUGAUUUUAAAUUACACCAUUCAUAUUGAAGAUGCGCAAAACUUUCCCACUCAUGAAUGAUACAAAAAAUUAUUGAAAUACCAUGGAAUUCUAUGAAUUGUUGAUUAAUAUUUUAAGAAUUUACUCGGAAAUAUCCUGAAAAUUCAGUGACAAGAUGGGAAAUAAUUGUUUUCGUCCUUUCUUCAUUAUCAAUUAUUAUUACCGUAUCAUGAUUACAAAUUUGUAUUUUUACAAAGAUAUCGUGAAAUCUCACUUGAUCUAUUAAUCUUCAUUUCAUCUUGUAUUUGCAAUAUAAUUACGACGAAGGAUAAUGUGUACAUGUAUGUUUGCUUGUAAAAAUCAAACAUAAUGGAAAAUAAAGUUUUUUUUUCUCAUAACA